CCGUGCCGGGGCCGUGCAUUGUGAAAGGACACAUUGCUCUGAAUGUGUCUCAGCAGCACGGUUCUUAUUCACCCUUAUCGGGUAUUUUGUCUGGCUUUAUGCUGCUCUACCUUGGCUAAGGAGCUGUAUGCAUAGAACAGGCAGCAAUCAGCAUUGCAAGUGUAAUUGCAGGAGAGGGGGGUUGAAGGACUUCCUAGAACUGUCCAUAUGCCUUAUCCCUUGCAUUCUGACCAUGGCCAGUGGUAUGAUGGCACCCACAGCAUUGACUUCCUUGUCUGAUGCCACGGACAAUCAUGUGAAUAUAUAACCCAUUCCCCAUUGUUAAUAUUGGGCACCACCAGCAGCUCUGGAGAGGACAUGAACACACCCCCUGUGGGACAUGACUGCUCUUCCUUGACAGGCCCAGGGUUCCAGAGUCUGUUGGUACCAACACGACACUUUUAUGUUUCACAGAUGUCUUCAUAGGGUGGCCCGGACGGUCACAUGAUGCAAGGGUUCUCGCCAACUCCGAUCUUUACAGUAUUGCUGAGGACAAGCUUGGUGGAUGGCUUUUCCCUCGAGAGCAUGUCCAGCCUCUUCUUGGACUGUGAAUGUCGAUGUCACUGAGUGGUUGCUGACUGUAGAAGUUCUGUGCAGACCAUGGUUGGAAAAGAGAAACCAAAACAUCAUCUUCCUACAUUCACAAAUGUAUUAACACCAGACAGAAUACCUGAAUUUUUUAUACCUCCUAGGCAUCAAGCUCAAAAGGAUCUAAAAGGCAAUCCUCAUUACCUGUCCAUGCCUGAAUUCAGUGGAUCAGUAUUUGAUACAAUAAAAUCAAGCUCGUUUGAUGCCCAUAUCAUCCAGGUGGACAGCGUGGAAGAGCCCCCUGAGGAAGAUAAUACUAAUGGUGAUCCACAAUCACAGGCAGCUUUGUCCCUGCCACAUCUUCCAAAAGCACAGACCUGUUAUGGUUUUUGCACCUUGCUGGAAAGCCCCAACACAAGACGAAAAGAGUCUUUAUUCCACAAUGACCCUGCUAAUCCACCAAUUUUGCUAUCUAGAUCUCGCUCUAACACGAUCUCUUGCAGAGGAACAUCCUCUCCAAGUAGCUUAACUCUAAGGUUGCGGCCUCUGCGAUAUUCUGCUACUUUAGACAGUGACACAACAUCCUCAACUGAGUCAUCUCCUUUUAGCUCUCCUCUACUCCACAGGUCCCUCCCUAUCUCUCUGUUGAAAGCAUUCAACCAGGAUAAAAUGUUUUCUAGGUCUUUAAAGGUUAGCUGCAAGCCUUCUGCUUUCAGAAACGAUUCAGUCUCUACUGAUGAAGACAGCUCAACAGACAGCAGUCCCUGUGUCACUAGAAGAGCAUCUCAAGAGUGGGCAAAUCACUCUGCUGCACAUUCCAACAUUGGCCUGCUACUGUCUCCUGGACAGUUUCCCUUAGACAACGCUAUAGUACUAGACACAGGAGGAAUACUGAGGCUGUCUACUGAAUAUCGACCUGAAAACCUGAGACUCCGCAUCCGACUUAUCAGUGCCGAAGGACUUUACAAACCGUCUGUAGAUCCCAAAAACAUCAGCUGCUGCAUUUCUUUAUCUCUAGUACCUGGGAAAAGCCAAAAGCAAAAAAGCACCUUGAUUCGUGGAAGCCGUAAUCCGAUUUUUAACGAAGAUUUUUUUUUUGAAGGGAUAGAAGCCCAUGAUCUUCUUCAGAAAACUCUGAAAAUAAAAGCUCUAAAUAAGGGAUCUGGUGUACGGAGGGAGUGUAGCCUGGGGAAGAGUAAUCUUCACCUCCUUAAUGUUUUAGUGCAGUAAAACACUUUUUGUAUUUGGCUUGCACUGAGUGAAGUAAAAUGAAAAUAAAUAGA